AUGGGUGUUACAGGAGGACUAGUUAGAAGCAUUUUCUUCAGAAACAAAUCAUUUGGAGCUCAUGACUACAACAAUGGAAGAAGCAGUAAUCUAGGAGAGAAGAAAAGAUGGAGCUCUGUUAGAUCAUACCUUUGUGGAGAUGAAUUCAACUCUGUUCUCGCUGUUGAUGAUUCAGGAUCAACAAAGGACUCUGUUCUCACAAUGUCUCAACGGCUGAGUUCAGAUUUGGUUCUACCUUUAGAUGAUUCGGUUCUUGCAACUCAAGAUUCAGCUUCUGUAAAACAACAUUUUGAGGAUGAGGACUCUAGUUCCGUAAAGAGCUCAGAGGCAACAGUGACUCAACCAUUACACGCAAAGAAACCGAAACUACCAAAAGAAGAUGAUAACCAAAGCGAAACAACAGAGACACAUAUACCAAAGAAGCAUCAUACUAGUCCAAUCUCUAAGUUGUUCAUCGAAGAAGACGCAGCAAUCAUAAUUCAGAGAGCAUUUAAGAGUUACCUGGCAAUGCGUCAAAGCAAAGCAGUAGAAGAAACGUUUUCUAAGGAAGAAAGCUUCUUCUCAGGAGAAGAAUCUCAAGGUAAAGUAUCAUCCAUGGGGACAUCACUAGAAGUUCAAACAUGUAACUCCGCAAAAACACCGUUCUUUAGGAGAAAACGAGUCUCAAGAACAUCACAGAAGAGCCAAACUCAAGUUCUUAGGAUAAAGGAAGAUUGGGAUGAUAGCACAUUGAGCAGCACAAUGUCAAAACUAAGGAUUCAAAGCAGAAACGAAGCAAUGACUAAACGAGAGAGAGCACUUGCUUAUGCAUUUUCACAACAGCUAAGAAUAUGCUCAAAGAAGAAGCAAGUAGAUAGAAAUAGUGAAGAUGAUGAAUCUAACGUUGGCUGGAGUUGGCUAGAACGAUGGAUGGCGACUCGUGUACCAGACAGCAUUCCGAUGGAACCAAGAACAAAAAUUUUCGAUGUUUCGACGAAAAAUCAAAGAUUGGUAAGGAAGAACAGAGCUUUUGGUGUAGCUGGCGAGUUAGAGAGUUGUGCUUCCAACGACAUACCUCUCCAGUUCGAAAGCAUACCAGAGAAACAAGAAGAUGAACACAAAGAUUUGCAGACAGAAAAGAAUAGUUCUAAAGCGACUAUGUCAAAGCGAAAAUCGGUUCCAAACUACAAAAGCCAGAGAAGACAUCAUAGGCUUCAAGCAUCAAAAAGGGACAUGCAACAACAGAACAAGAAAGCUAAGAAGGCAAAGACCACACCAAUAAGCUGCAAAAUGGGACACGAGUGCGAAGAAACCUCGUGGAAGUUAAAUAGCAGCUGCUGA